AUGAUGAUUAUUGUGAUUGAAGAUGAUAUGAUGAACUUACCUGAAGAACGACAACAAUAUAAUCCUUCUCGACCUUACUGGCUACUAAUUGAUCAAGUUAAUGACAAAUCUGGUCCAGUUGAUUACAUGAAUAACGGAGACAAAAUACUACUAUCAAAAAAACCAUUUCAUCCAAUCAUACUUGAAAAUCAAGCGGCAAAACAAAAAAUUUCUUCGGGAAUGAAAGGAAAAGGAACAAAUGGAGAAUACUACGGUAGUUUAGGCAGUUCAAAUAGCAUUAAGGAUUAUAUAAAGCGAAGUUCAUUUCGUCAGCUGGCUUUGAAUGGUGCUCGUGGAUUCGGUAAAUGA